AAAAAAAAAACUGAAAUGGAAACUAAAAAAUAAAGAAAAAGAAAAAAAACAUUAAAAUGAUAAAUAAUUUUGAAAAACACUGUAAAUAUUUUUUCCGUCCAUCCACCUAUUGAACAUAUUCACCUUCUUUUUUAGAUCGAACAACUUCACAGUAAGACCUGGCUUCUCCUCUCUUUAGGUUGAUUCGAAAGCGCUUAAAGGUUAACUCACUUGAGUCAAUCAAGUCGCUCCAUGGAAUCAUUACAACGAUGGGAUUUAGCUUACCACAAAUUGAAUUCUUCCAUAAUAAUCUCAUAUCUCUUUACGCUACGUUGGGCCACAUUUCCAUCGCCCGCAAGGUGUUCGAUGAAAUGCCUCAUAGAAAUGUCGUCUCUUAUAACACCAUGAUUGGUGCUUAUAGUCGUAACAAGGAAGACAAUGAAGCUUGCAAUUUGUUCGCUGACAUGAGGUAUCAUGGAUUCCUCCCAACUCAGUUCACAUACGCCAGUCUUUUCUCGUGUGAUUCAUUAAACACUGAUCAAGGAUUCUGUCUGCAAUCAGUGGCCAUGAAGAGCGGGUUGCUCUUUGCUGAUACUUUUGUGGGAACUGCUUUGUUGGGUUUGUUUGGGAGACAAGGUUACAUCCGUGAAGCAUUCAUGGUGUUCGAUGAAAUGCCUUUCAAGAAUCUAGUGACAUGGAAUGCAAUCAUAUCUUUGUGUGGGCAUCAAGGAUUCACAAACGAAUGCAUGUUAAUGUUUUCUCACUUUAUGAAGACUGAAAUCAAAUUAUCUGAAGCUUCAUUCGUGGGUGUUUUAACUGGAUUCCAAUCUAAACAAAACCUAAAAUCAGGUGAACAAAUACAUGCGUUGGUUAUAAAGUUUGGAGUAGAACAUAGUGUUGCAAUUGCCAAUUCACUUGUUAAAAUGUAUGGAAAAUGUGAAGGUAACACAUUUCUAGCAGAAAAAAUGUUUCAAUUUGUAUCCAAUAAAGACUUGAUGACAUGGAAUACAAUUAUUGGAAUAGUAGCGAAAGGGGAAAAACCCAUAAAAGCAAUAGAGUUCUUCUCCAAGAUGUGCAUAAAUGGUUUUCUUCCAAACAAGAUCACGUUUUUGAAUGCAAUCACUUCAUGUUCAAGGUUAGAUAAUCUAACUUAUGGAGAACUUAUCCACUCCAUGAUAAUUAAAAACCAAUUUGAAAAAGAUUCUCUUGUAGCCACUUCAUUGGUUAAUUUAUACGCUAAACAUGAUAGAUUAGAUUAUGCUCAUCAAUGUUUUGACAAAAUACAUGACAAGAAUUUGGUGUCAUGGAACACUUUAAUUCAUGGAUAUUCAGAUAAACAAUGUUCAUCUUCUCUUCUCCUAAUGAUAAAAAUGAUACACUCGGGUAUUUCUCCAAAUGAAUUUUCAUUCUCUAGUGUUAUAAAGUCACUUUUAGCUACAGAACUCAAGGAGAUUCAUUCUUUAGUUAUAAAAACCGGUUUCCAUUCAAACGAAUACAUAACAAGUUCCCUCAUGACAUCAUAUGCCAACAACGGUUUCCCUUCUGAUGCAUUGAGAUUCUUUCAAGAUUCCAAAAUCCCACAAUCGAUUGUUCAUAUGAAUGUUAUAUGUGGGAUGUAUAAUAGAAAUGGCGAAUACCAUAAAACUCAAGAACUGUUUUGUGAAGUAGGAAACCCUGAUAUUGUUUCAUGGAACAUUUUGAUCGAAGCUUGUUCACGUAAUGGAGACUACAAAGAAGCUUUUGAGCUUUUUCACCACAUGUUGAUUGACCGAAUUCGACCCGAUAAUUACACAUACGUUAGCUUGAUAACUAUUUCCACAAACUUAUGUAACCUUCUUUUGGGUAGUUCUCUUCAUGGGCUUAUGAUAAAAUCCAAUUUCAAUCAUUUUGACAUAAUGGUAAACAAUUUAAUGAUUGAUAUGUAUGGGAAAUGUGGAAGUAUUCGGGGUUCAAUUAUGAUUUUUGAAGAAAUGAGGAAGAAAAACGUGAUAUCAUGGACAGUUUUGAUUUCGGGUCUUGGGUUACAUGGAUUUGGAAAAGAGGCAAUAGAAAAGUUUAAGGAAAUGGAAAAGUUUGGUGUUAAACCUGAUAAGAUUGCUUUCAUGGCUGUUUUUUCGGGUUGUAGACAUGUGGGAUUAGUGAAAGAAGGAAUGGAAUUGUUUGAAAUAAUGAAAGAAAAGUAUGGGAUUGAGCCAGAAAUGGAACAUUAUCUUCUUGUUGUUGACUUAAUGGCUAGAUAUGGUGACUUAAAGGAAGCAGAAAAGUUGAUUUUAGGGAUGCCUUUUUUGCCAAAUGCAAGCAUAUGGCGUAGCUUUCUUCAUGGUUGCAAUAGAGCAAAAUCUCUCGUUUCCCAAAUUCAAGCAUGUUAGUAAUAUCUAACAUUUCUUUUAGGGAGUUUGCUUCUAGAGGUGUUGCUUUAAUGGACAUGAUGGCUGUGACAUUUUGUCAAAAGAAUGGAUUAUUCGUUGGGUUUUUUUUAUUUUAUUUUAUUUUAUUUAUUUAUUUAUUUUUUUAUUUAAAUGAUUCGUAAAUAUGCUGUUCUUUUGUAUUGAUUUGGGUGUUUAUUUAUGGGGAAGUGGGAUCGGGUUUACCAAAGGUGCAAAAAGAAAACUACAAGGGGUGUUUAGUAUUUUUCUUAUUUAGAUUUAUCUAGUUUAUUAUGAUUUGGAGUCUAAUUGGGAGUUUCCUUUUAUCAAUAGAUAAUAUGGGUUUAGGAAGACCAAUAAAUUAGGAAUAAAUAAGGGAUUAGGGCCAACUCUAAACAAGUUUUUGUGAGUUGUUUUCUUUUGUUUCGAGAUCUCUUUGACUCUCGACUUUGAGGACCCUAUCAUUUGUUCUUUAAGCUAAGUUACAAGUAUUCGUGUUUGUCAA